AUGAUAAUUUACAAGCUAUUAAACCUUGUUAUAUUGGUGUGCGUGGAUGCUUCAACGAUCACUAGAUUACCAAAUCAGUGUGAGGAAAUUUCUAUUCCUAUGUGUAAGGACAUUGGUUACAAUGCAACAUCCAUGCCUAACCCGUUUUAUCAUACCACUCAAGAGGAAGCAGGAUUUGAGGUUCAUCAGUUUUGGCCGUUGGUUGAGAUCCAAUGUUCUGAUGAUCUACGGUUUUUUCUAUGCUCCUUGUACACACCUAUCUGCAUGCCAGAUUAUCAAGGUUCUAUUCCAGCAUGUCGUUCUGUUUGCGAGAGAGCGCGGCUCGGAUGUGCUCCCCUCCUGAGGCAGUAUGGAUUUGCGUGGCCUGAGAGAAUGAACUGUGAAAGUUUUCCUGAAUAUGGAGAUCCAGGUCAUCUAUGUAUGGAUGAGCUAGAGGGGGCUGAGUUUCAAGAUCCAACAUUCAAUAUCAAUGAGCAAAACCCUUCUCAAAAUGAUAAAGGUAUAAUAGAGAGUGAAAUACAUCCCAAAAGGGGACACACAUAUGUUAACGACAGGGCUCAAUCUAAGAAGUCUGACUCAGUGCUGAAACAUAAUCCAUCUUUAACUAUUGAUUCUGUUUGUGGCUGUCAGUGUCGAUAUCCCAUGGUUACUUUCCAGAUGGAACGAGAUUACUACAAUAAAGUUGAAGGUGGCGCUAUCCUUGAUUGUGCUGUGCCGUGUCACGGCUUAUUUAAUGCAGAAAAUCAGCAUCUAUUUGCAACCAUGUGGCUCAGUAUAUGGGCAGUUUUGUGUUGUGUAUCCACUACAAUAACUGUAACAACAUUUAUGAUUGACAUGAAACGGUUUCGAUAUCCGGAACGACCUAUUAUCUUCCUAUCAGGAUGUUACCUUAUGGUUUCUAUAGGUUAUUUGAUCAGAAUCGGAAUGGGACACGAAGCUGUGGCAUGCGAUGGGUCUAUUGUUAGAUAUCAGAAUUCAGAAAGAUCUGCUCCUUGCACAAUAGUAUUUCUACUUAUUUACUUCUUUGGAAUGGCCAGCUCCCUCUGGUGGGUAAUGUUGGCCUUAACAUGGUUACUGGCUGCUGGAAUGAAAUGGGGGAAUGAAGCUAUUGCUGAUUACUCUCUUUAUUUUCACUUGGGAGCUUGGGCGAUUCCUGCUGUGAAGACAAUAAUAAUACUGGCUAUAGAUGGAAUAGAUGGUGAUCCAGUAGCUGGAAUAUGCUACGUCGGAAACCAAAACGUUCUUCUUUUGAGAGGAUUCGUUCUAAUUCCAUUGUGUGUUUACCUUCUUCUGGGAACUUCUUUCCUUUUAGGCGGAUACGUGGAGCUCUUCAGGAUCAGAGGCGUUAUUAGGCAGCAAGCAACAGAGAGUGUCGAUAAAUUAGAAAAGCUGAUGAUCCGAAUUGGUGUGUUUUCUGUUUUGUACACUGUGCCCGCUACCUCCGUCAUCGGUUGCUACGUUUACGAGCAUGUCUCCAGAGAUGUGUGGGAACGGGAACAUAAAUGCCAUUGUAGUGCUCCUGAUGUUAGGCCAGAUUACUCCGUCUUCAUGCUAAAGUAUUUUAUGUUUCUUGUUGUUGGCAUAACAUCGGGGUUUUGGAUCUGGUCCAGAAAAACCAUAGAUUCUUGGAAAAGAUUUUUGAUCAAACUGUGCAGCUUAAGGACUCAUGCAAAUGAAAAAGCUAAAGUGAUUCACAAUCAGCCAUUUCCAUCAACUUCCAACAUAAAGCAGUCGUCAUUGGUGCACAUUUGA